AUGGAAGCCCGAGCUCCACACGGCGACAUGGCUCACGAUGCCACGACGGCCGCCAGCACCGACGGUAGCAGCAUGGGAGGCCACGAGAUGGGCAUGAUGGUCGUUUUCCAGAACAUGAUCCAAACGUCCCUUUACAGCGAGGCGUGGACGCCCAACAGCGUCGGCACGUACGCUGCUACGUGCAUCUUCCUCAUCGUGCUCGCCUCCCUGCUCCGCGUCAUGCUCGCCGGCAAGGCCCUCCUAGAGCAGCGCUGGCUCGACCAGGAGCUCAAGCGCCGGUACGUCGUCGUCGCCGACAAGAACACCCUCGGCCAGCAGCUGUCGUCCGACAGCCUCGCCAAGCAGAUGGUCAUCUCGGAGAACGGCCGCGAGGAGAACGUCACUGUCGUGCAGCGAAAACACGGACUCACGAGGCCGUGGCGCUUCUCCGUCGACCCCGUCCGCGCCCUCCUCGACACGGUCAUUGCCGGCGUCGGCUACCUUCUCAUGUUGGCAGUCAUGAGCAUGAAUGUCGGCUACUUCCUGUCUGUCCUCGGUGGCGUCUUCCUCGGCAGUAUUGCCGUCGGUCGCUAUGCCAUUCACAGCGAGCACUAG